GAGAGUUGUUACAAUAUAGUAGUGGAAAAGUAAUCAAGCAUUGCGUUGUGUCAAAACAGAGAUGCGCACGCAUGUGAAAUGGCAGGAUUAUUAAAGUACAGGAUCGGGGUUACAUAUAUAAGAAUACCUAGCAGCAAACCAUUUACUCAGAUGCAUCUUGAAGAAAGACCAGGCAUCACCACAGCCAUGGAGAAAACUACAACCGAUGCCACAACGAUUGGCUAUGGUUCUACAGGAAUAUACGUAAACUUUGCCAACAUGUCAUUCGAAGAAAUUCAAAGACGAUUAGACAACUUCAGCCAGGAACAACCCGAGAAUUUGGACAUUCUGCAUGACCAAAGAUGGAGAAUUGCUACAAUAGUGAUUUACAGUAUUGUGAUUCUGUUUGGAUUCCUGGAAAAUAUGGUAAUAGUGUGUGUUCUUAUAAAACAUCAGCACCUGCAUGUGCCAACGAACAUCUUCAUCCUGGGACUGGCAGUCUCUGAUAUUCUGCUGUGCGUGUUCAACUUGCCGCUUCAGCUUCAUUACCAACUCACAAACCAGUGGGCAUUUGGAAAAGCGCUGUGCAAGGUCGUCAUGCCCACCUAUGGUAUACCGGUGUUCGUUUCGACCAUGUCGAUUCUAAUGAUUGCCAUUGAUCGAUACAUACUCAUAGUUCAUCCGUUUCGCAAACGCAUGACAUCCCAAAUGGCUGUUGGGCUAGUUGUCUCUAUAGCUACACUUGCUGUAGUACUGACGAUUCCACUUUUCAUUCAAAUGGAGUACACAGUAAUUGACUUUCCUGAACUUAAGAUUUAUCAAACAUACUGCUCUGAAAUGUGGACAAGUUUGAAACUUCGACAUACCUACACUGUUUCCAUUCUAGUUGUUCAAUAUUUUAUGCCCCUAAUAGUGACAUCAUUCUUAUACAUACGAAUCGGUAAUGUGUUGAGACGAAGACCUAUCAAAAAGAAGGAAAAACGGCAUAAACACAAAACGAACAAAGUACUCAUUGCCAUAGUUUUGUUUUACGCAAUCUGCUGGACACCCUGGACAAUGCUUGCACUAUUGUUCGAGUUUUACCCAAACAUCAUUCCCGGAAGUCAUAUUAAACUAUUUGAUCUUCUCCUCAAAAUAUUCGCAAUGGGUUCAGCGUGUAUUAAUCCUUUCAUGUACGGGUGGCUCAAUGACAAUUUUCGAAAGGAGUUUAACAUACUUGUGCUAAGACAAAGCAGAAGUCGUGUGAAAGCAAAUUUAAACAAAAAUUGAAAUAGGCAUAUAAACGUUGCUAUUAUUUACAAUAUUUUGUGUAUCGCUAUUUAUUUUAUUUCAUUUCUGUAAAAAACAUUGUUUGGUCAGUUGAUUUGAAAUGGAUUUCCAUAUUGCAUUUACAAAUGUGCA